AUGCCUGGUCUCGUGGACCAGGACUACGCCAGCCAACACCCGCAGUCGCAGGCGCCGCUGGACAGCAACGGCCCGCCGCAGAGCAUCUACCGCAGCAGCGUGGCUUCCGCGGAGGGGGAGAGGGUCCCCAUGCUGCCGGGCGGGGCUCAGUCCUCUCUCGUUUCCACCGCGAUCGUCGCCGCUGACGCGAUGAGGGUGAGAGGGACGCCGGGAGGGGAGGAAGAUGAUGACGGCAGCGGCGGGGUCGGCGGGGGCGGCGGCAGUUCCGCGGGAAAAACCAUGGAUGCUUCCGCGGAAGGGGCGGCCGCGGAGGGGGGUUUCGGGGAUGGCGACAUGGUCUCGGGGGGAGUCUCGGACCGAUCCGGGCGGUCCACCCGUCAGCGGUCCCGAGACCAGGGCGACCACGCGUCGGACAUCCACCCGGGCGAGGGCGCGGACGAGUACGCCAUCCGGCGAUCCGGUAGCGGCAAUCGGCCCACCCGGUUCUCUAACGGGAUGGCGAACGGCACCGGCGGCGUUGGCGGAGCCGGGGGCGCCGCCGCCACGGCCGCGAACGGGGGCUCCGGCGGCGCGAGAGGGGAGGGGGGGGAGGAAGAGGAGGAAGACAUGGACAUCCCGGAACUGGCGACGCCGAGGGACGGGGAGGACGGGGACAUGUCGUUCUACGACGGGAACUCGCGGCUUGAGGAGGAGGUGGUGGACAACUUCGCGGACAUCCCUACUCCGGCGCCGAGGGGAGCGGGGGGCCGCGGCAGCGGGGCCGUGGCCGGCGCCGACGGCAGAACCUUCCGCACCCAGAGGAGCAAUAGCUCGGAGGGGUGGGUGGACCAGUACACGAGCAGCUCGCUGGUUGUGUCGAAGGCGGCGCCGUCGGCGAGCUCGCAGCAGCAGCAGCAGCAGGCGGCGGCAGCUGAGGCGGCGAGAGGCGGCGCUAGUUAGUUUAGGGGGUCGUAGUGCCCUUUUUUACUACUCGUGGUGUUUUGGUCGCGUCACUUGCUUUUUGAAGCCUGGCUUCUUUUGUCUUUUUUUUUUUUGUUAAGAAAAGCAACACAGUAAACUAACCACAGCUUUGUUCUAGUUGUGGUUUGUUCUGUUUGCGCUGAACGGUUAAUCAGGGCGCGUGCGUGUGUGCAUAUGGUGUGUGGUGUGGCUGCGAGGGAGAAAGCUUGUAUUGGGGGGGAGAGGGGGACAUUCCUCUCGCUGCGGGAGAGAGAUGGCGCGGGGGGUGCGGGCGGGCGGUGCGCACUGCAUUGUUUUGUUGUUCGCUGUCGUCUGUUCGUUUUCGAAGGAUUCAAGAUUGCUGGAUCGGUAUCCAAAAUUAUUUUUUCAGCUGUGCGUUGAUUAUGGCGGGAAGCGAUUUGGUAUAUUCCGCGGCUGGGAUAGAGCGCAUAAUACAAGCGGGGAUAUACCCUAGGGGCGAGCCGUGGAGACCGCUCGUUUCGCUUUCCUUUUUCUCGCUGCAGCGGCGGUGGAAAGGUUGGGGGCUUCGUGGAUCUGUCGGUAGGGCGCGACCUCCCCCCCCCCCUUUCGUGCUCUAUUCUUCCCGGCCGCGGUCGGUACAGACAUGUGCCUCUCGCUGCGUAGCAGCAGCAGCAGCAAGAGCUCGUCUCCUGCUAAACCUGCCGGGUUGGUGUUGGUACAUACAUACGCGGGGAUGCUCCAAGAUCGGGUUUCUAUUGUAUUGGAUCUCGGCGGUUUGAUUUUGUGGCAACCACGGCUGCCGCUGCAGACCCGGGGCGUUGUGUCCCGAGGAAUCGAGUUUGUUUGCGUCGCCUGUGGAACAACCCGAUCCAACGACCGUGAUUGGUCUUGCUCCCCCACCGCCCCCGUCACGAAGAUUAGACUUUUCGUCGGGCAUGAGGCGCAUGGCCUGUCCGCUUUGCCCGUGCUGGGGGUGGUACGGCAACGGACGCGUGGGGGCGAACGGCCAUUUGUUUGCAUUGUACUUGUUUUGGGCCAGACUACCUCGGGCAGGUUGAGAUUGUGUGACGACCGAGAGCUAUUUUCGGCACGAGCAUCGUGGUUUUGGGAGAGCCCGGAGGGAGGGAAGGAGGGAGGGGGUGGGGGUAUGGUCGAAGUGUGUUGGUUGUAAACGCGCGCGCGCGCGCGCGCGUGUGUGGAAGAGCUGAGCGAGAGUGACCUCUGUGAACUGCCCCCCUUGUUCCUGCUUGUUUUUGUGUGCCGUCCAUGGUCUUUUGUUUUGUCGCGGUUUGUUUCGUUUCCUUUUGCCCUUCUUGCCGUCGGGUUUGUCGAUUGCUACUCUCGUUUGUUUUUCGUUUCUUUUUCAGGGCUGUUUUUUGCUUGCCUCUCUUGUUUGAAGUCGCGCGCGUGUUUGGCGUCGUCGCCGUGAGAGACAUGUCGCGGUUGCUUCUACCGAGACUUUAACCAGGGUCCCAAGCACGGGGAAAUGGCCCGACAUUCGGCAGUCAGUCUGGUGGUUUGCAUCAGAGGUGGCGUGGGUUUUCGUCUUGCGAGGCUAAGCGGGCAUGCACGGCCUUUGUAGUAUGAGCGAGCAGAAACAGUUCCAUUUUAACGAGGGAAGGAAAUAUUUUAUGUGAGUUGCCCCCGUGUUGCGACGGGGAUAUAUUUGGUGUUUUGUUGUGGACCUGGAUGGCCGGGUGUUGUUAUUUCCUUGUUUUGGCAUUUGUCGCCGGGGUCUUGUUCGUUAUGUACCCCGUCCGCCGCUCCGCUCGCUCUCUCUCGUCUUGUCUGUCGUUUCCGCAAUGUUGCGGCGAUCUGUAGCUUGGCAUUCGAAGCUACUAGACACAGUUGAGAGGCGCGAGAAAGAAGAGGUUUCUUUUUAUUUUUUGUUGCCGUGCGUACAACCGGGCUCCGUAGAUUGCAAGCGGUAGCAGCUUGUUUCCGUUGCCAAAAGUGUCUGAUUCGUCGGGUGCACCGUGAUGGUUGUGUUUCUUUCCGUAUUUUUUAGGCCUCGGGGAGUACGUGGCGUUGUGGUUGUAGCAGGUAAGCAAUGCGCCCCCUCUGUGUUGGAGCUUACCAAAACUCGCCCUCCCAGUAGGUUGCUGGGUUGUUGUAAACAUUCGUUACAAUCUCGCAUAUUAAAUCACUACAUAAUUACACUCGUUU